CGGAAAGCGGCGGCUGCGGGAGCGGCGGCGCCGGGGGAGGCAGCGGGCGGUGCUGGCAUGGGGCGCCCGCGGCGGAGAGGUCCGUCGUGAGGAGCUGAACACCCCCCUGCUUUGAUCAGAAUCCUAGUAAAUGAAGCUAACUUGCUGCCUGAGGACCAGACCUCACUGAUGACUGGGAAGCAAAGAGUACCCAGAAAAGCACUUUUACCCCAGAUUUCACGUCAGAAGCACCAGAAACUCCUCUUCUAAGUAAAAUCUGUGCCCCUUCUGUGCAGACCUGAUGUCUGCUGCAAUGGAUACAGAAUCCACGUAUUCGGGAUACUCCCACUACUCAGGUCACUCCAAAAAAGCCCACAGACAAGGGAGCCGGGACAGGCACAAAUCACCACGAAGCAAAGAUGGCAGUCGUUCUGAGAAAUCUGUCACUAUCCAGACACCUCCUGCAGAGCCGCUGCUUGGGAAUGAUGCCUCGCGGGCAGAGGAUGGCCAGGAUGACAACUGGGGUGAAACCACGACAGCAAUCACGGGCACGUCUGAGCACAGCAUUUCACAGGAGGACAUUGCCCGGAUCAGUAAGGAUUUGGAGGACAGUGUUGGGUUGGACUGCAAACGUUACCUGGGCUUAACAGUGGCAGCUGUUCUUGGACUCCUUGUCUUCCUUACCCCCAUCGCCUUCAUUCUGUUACCCCAGAUCCUGUGGCGGGAUGAUCUGGAGCCAUGUGGUACUGUCUGUGAGGGACUGUUCAUCUCUGUGGCAUUUAAACUCCUCAUUCUUCUGAUUGGGACCUGGGCUUUGUUUUUCCGCCAGCCUAAGGCAGAUAUACCGAGGGUGUUUGUGUUUCGGGCCCUUCUGUUGGUCCUUAUAUUCCUGUUCGUGUUUUCCUACUGGCUCUUUUACGGCGUUCGCAUCUUGGACUCGAAGGACACCAACUACCAAGGAAUAGUGCAGUAUGCAGUGUCUCUGGUGGAUGCGCUGCUCUUCAUUCACUACCUGGCCAUUGUGCUGCUGGAGCUGCGGCAGCUGCAGCCCAUGUUCACUGUCAAGGUAGUUCGGUCAACAGAUGGAGAGUCACGAUACUACAGCUUGGGGCACCUGAGCAUCCAGCGAGCUGCACUGGUGGUUCUUGAAAAUUACUACAGAGAUUUCACAGUCUACAACCCAGGCUUGUUAACAGCCUCCAAAUCCCGUGCAGCCAAGCACAUGGCUGGCCUGAAAGUCUACAAUGUUGAUGGUCCAGGUAACAAUGCGUCGGGGCAGUCCCGUGCCAUGAUUGCAGCCGCAGCCCGUCGCAGGGACUCCAGUCACAAUGAGCUCUAUUAUGAAGAGGCUGACCAAGAGCGCCGAGUGAAAAAACGCCGUGCAAGGCUUGUGGUUGCAGUAGAAGAAGCUUUCACUCACAUCAAGCGUCUUCAGGCAGAGGAGCAGCAGAAAGCUCCCGGCGAGAUGAUGGACCCCCGAGAAGCAGCCCAGGCAAUCUUCCCCUCCAUGGCAAGAGCUCUGCAGAAGUACCUUCGCACCACCCGCCAGCAACAGUACCACAGCAUGGAGAGCAUCUUGCAACACUUGUCCUUUUGCAUCACAAAUAACAUGACACCAAAGGCAUUCCUGGAGCGUUACCUCAACCCAGGCCCAACCCUCCAGUAUGACAGGGAUCGCUGGUUCUCCAAGCAGUGGACGCUUGUCAGCGAGGAAGCAGUGACAAGCGGGUUGCAAGACGGCAUUGUUUUUGUCCUCAAGUGCUUGGACUUUAGCCUUGUUGUUAAUGUGAAGAAAAUCCCCUUCAUCAAACUCUCAGAAGAGUUCAUAGACCCUAAAUCUCAUAAAUUUGUCCUCCGCUUACAGUCUGAGACUUCAGUCUAAGGGAUUUUGAGGGUGGGUUGUUGGGGGACGUUGUUUUUUUUUUUUUAAUGUUGUGCUUUUGGGUUUAAUUUCCCCAAUGCUGACUGAAACUGGCAGAUGAUGGACCAGUAAUAUUUGACCAUCUGCACUUUAUUUGGAAAGUUGGGGGGGGAGUUGGGAUAUCUUAUCUAGAAAGAAAUAUCUUAAGAGGCGACAGGGUGACUUGGCUCGGUUAGUUCAGCCUUGGAGACAGAACAGAUUUUUUUCUUUUCCGCCCCCUUUCCAGGGAUACUGUAAAUCUCAUGCUCUUUCUCCGCACAGUUUGCAACAUCAGUAUUUCCGUAGGAGCACUGCCUUAUGCCAUGCGCGUGCCUGUACUUUUGUGUCUCUGCUAUUGCUGCCCGUAGCUGUUUCUGAGAGCGUGUCGCUCGCCUCUCUGCUGUUGAAACCUUCUUGCACGGGCUGGGGCUGCAGUCCCUGUUCACUCGAAGAGGAGAGAGGGUGUCGGAGGGUGGGUAUGAGGGCUGCUUCUGUGAGCCAUCUAACCUGGAGACUGAAAACUUACUCGUUUUCUCCUCUCCAUUUGCCCUCCUCUCUCAGCGCUGGACCCAUACAAGCAUAGUGGGAUGGUUUUUUGUUCUCUGUGUCUCUGAAAUUGCUUGUCUUGAACUGGAUCAGCCCAUCUUAACAGUUCUUCAGUUUUUCAUUUGGUUUUCGUUUAGUUUUUUUUCCACCAGUGCUUCUUAGUGAAACUCUUCUGUGUGACAUGGCUUUGUUACCUUUCAGCUGCUUCUUUCUCUCCUGCUUGCCUGCAUCUGUGCUGGGCACUCCCACGACUCCCUGUUUCUCUCCCCUCAUAUCUGGCUUUCUGAAUGUGUUUCUUCAGCCACAGUCCCCUCAGGGUCCGCCUUACUGCCACUUCCUUUUGCACCUGCAAGGGCUGUGUUUUUGCACUGGGACAGGGUAGGUCAGUAGCUGGAUUCUCCUCAGAUAAAUCACAGACCCUCCCUACAUCUGACAGCCUCUUUGAGGGGAAAGGGGGUGCAGGCAGGAAUGUGCCUCCCUCUCCAGCCGGCUUCAAGUGCAUCUGGAGGAAAGACUGGCAAAAGCACUUCCCUCCUUGAGGAAAGGAGCCAGAGAAGUGCUGAUCUCUGCUACGUGCACUUGCUUUGGAGAACUGCUGUGCUUUAAAAACACUGCAGUGUGUCCUUCCCCACCAUACGCCUUCAGCUAUAGCUAAGAAAUACCAAACUAUGUCUGAAUGUUGAAAAUCUGCCUGCCUUUCUUGGCCUUUCUGUACUGUGGGAGUUUCUGCUCAGUACAGGGAUCUGCUCCUGUGGGAGAUGUGUGGCUCUUGAAUUGUGGUUAGGUUUGUAAGGCUGCCUUUGCCCGUCGGUACAGCUUUCAUAUGCGACCUCUGUCAUCUGAGAUUUGUGGAGUUUUGAAAGGUUUGCUUUUAAUGAUGAGCCUACAUGAGUGUCUGAACUGCAAUGCACAGGGCAUUGCAUGACUCUGGAGCCAGCUCCGAGGCUGGCAGUGACCUACCUUCAGUCAGAUCCCUCCAAGACUCUCCCCCAGCUCUGUGACAGUGGAUUUUGUAUGUGAAUGCAAAUGCUUGAUUCACUCUGCCCAGUCUUUUGCUGUGCGAAUAUCUGUUUGGCAGGAUAAGACCUGCCUUCCAUACGACGUCUUAACAGAGGGGGCCUGAGUUCAGUGAGGUACAUAAACCAGUGCCUUUCUCUGCCAAGGUGCAUUGUCUUCUGAAGGGGCCUGUGAGAGCUCUUCCCUUUUACCUUCCCUCAGUUCCUCUGACAGCUUGUGGGGCUGCCUGACACUCCCACCAGCGUGAGAUGGCCCAACUGGGAGCAGGGCUCUGUCAGUCCUGCGUGGUGUGGCUGCUGCGGGCUAGCCAGUGCUCACUGCAAGCUGGUGGGAGGGAGCAGUCACCUUAAGCAGGGGUGCUGGGGACAGGGUAGGGGAGGUCCAGCUUCUUCCUGCUUCAGCAGCAAUGGAGCUGCGUGUCCAACAGCACCUCUUAGCAUCAAGGAAGCACCCUGGUGAGCGAGGAUCCAAAGUGAUGAUUUCCCAUCCAAGUGACACCUGCAGUCUCCUGCAUCUUUCUUUCUUACAAGUGUGUGGUAGUCACCUGGAUCCUGUCUUCUCCAUGUAGCGUGCCAGACAUGGUUGUGAAGAAACUAGAUGGCACUGUAUGCGAUGGGAUCAGUCCCAUGUCCCUUAAAAGAUGGGAAGUAGGUAGAGUUUUCCCUUCUCUAAGCUUAGUGUUCGAGUUUCGUUCUAUGUCAGGCUUUCUGGUAGUUUGUAUGGGGACUCCUUUAUUGACUGUGGCCUUCAGUGUUCUGUUUUGAAAAAAUAGAUUAGUUUAUUAAGAGGAGCAUACAGUACCUCACAGUUUGCUCUCCUAAAGAUGCAUGUAUCUGGCUUUUAUAGUAUGCAUAAACAGCAAGGUGGGAGAGACUGGGAAUAGCUUGGGAGACUAUGGAGCACUUAUGCCUGUGUGGAGGCUACUGCCUGUGGCUAAAUUUUCUCUUUUCUGUGAAGCCAUGACAAGAACUACUUUGCCAGGGGCUUGAGUGUGUCAUGUAUGUGAGAUCACUUUGUCACAGGCACCUCUGCAAAACUUUCUUACUUUCCCAGGAUUUCCUUCCCCUUUCCUUUUCCCUCCCCGAUGAGGGGAGUUGUCUGAUAGUAUCUGCUCAGGAAACUCAUGUCUUAAUUGCGCUAAAUCCUUGAACACAUGGAGAACCAGACGGAAGCGGAGUGUGCUUGUUUCAGGUCUGCUUCCUUAUCUGUGUGCUGUGGUUCAGCACUGCCUUUUCUGCCUGCUGCCGAAAAAGACACCGUCAAUGGGGGCCAACUCCUAUAUUAAACCAUCUUCCCUGUGUCAGCAGCGUGAAGGCUUUGCCUGAUCAAAUCUGAAGGAGAGGACUUGGCUUUUCCAGUGGUCUCUUUAGAGAUGCAACCUGCUUAAGGGUGUGGACAGAUUAAAAGGGGAAUUGGGACUCCUGAGGAUUUUGGGGGCAGGGAGGGUUAUGACAUUUUAUUUUUCAGGGUGUUUUUUGUUUCUCCUUCUUUCAAAAUCAGGGCAUCACUGUCCGUCCUACCUCACUGGGGUGUUGUGAGCCUAAACUCCACUUGUCAUCAAGUGCUUUGAGAUCCACAGAUGGAUCUGUGGCAUCUAUAGGAAUUCAAACUCUAUAAAAAUACUGAGCAGUGAGAGCAGACUGGUUUGUUUAACUCUGUUUAUAGCCAGCUAAUGAGUAAGAACUGAGUCACAGGGAAUGAAGCUCUGAUCCAAAUCCUACAGUCCUUACUUCUGCAGAGCUUGCCAAGAGCUGAGCAUAAAUAAGGCUUGUAGGGUUUGCCAGCCAAGCACAGGCUGUUUACGCUGAAUGCCUCUCCUAUCCUGCAGUGUCUCUUUGCACAUAUUCUCCCUCCUCUCUCCCAGCCUGGAUGCUUGUACCUGGCUGAGAAUUGUGUUUUUUGAAGAUUCAAGUGGUUUAUAAGAUAACCCUGGUUCUGAAGUGGACAGUGUUUCUUGCACUGGACAUCCUUCGCUAGAGACUGACUCAUUUGAUAGGGUGCUGCAUUGCCUAGCCAGGAGUGAUGGUGCUCCACUCGUCCUUUUCAUGUCUGUGUUUUUCCUGUGACUCCCAAGUCUGCUGCUCAGAUACUGGAAAGGCUUUGUUUUUGCUCUCGGAUUUGUUUCAGCCUAAAUCCCAAACUAUGGUGAGAUCUUCCAAAACUAGAUGCAUCUGAGGCUAUCAACUGUUCUGGAGGAGAUGGAAAUGGCUGUGGAUUUCUAACAAAGGCUGGCUUUAUGGGCUAGUCCUGUAACCAGCCCAGACAAAGGUUGUUGCCACAUCAGUUAGCCCAUUGUUGCCAUGUGGCUGCAGCCAUGCUUGUGCAGGCUCUGUGGGGCUGCCCUAAGUCUCAAACUCCUUUGCUGCUCAUGGGAGCAGAGCAGGAAAUGCUCUCAAAAAUGUCAGCAUUUUAGCGCUCCCCUCCAUAGCAUAGGGGUUGGUUCUUGUGGUCAGCUUGGGGAGGUGGGGGGAGCUGCUUGCAACUACCAGUUUUCACCCUGCAGAGGGGAGAUGUUGCCACCUGCACACCCCUGUAGGCAACAGGGGGAUGUGCUGUGCAUGAAAGGGUGGUGUGAUACAACUUGCUUACAGAGCAAGGUCAAUUUCUCCUUCUGGUGUUGCCCUGGAUGCCUUCAAAGCAGCAGGAGCAAUCACACUGGGAAGGGAGUGUUGUAGAAAAAGGCAGAUCUGAUUUCAGCCUCUACCACCUAUUAGGCUGACUUCUACUGCCUCUGAAAUCUUCCUGGCAGAAACUUCAGCCAUUCCACCUCCAGCUCUCAACCUCCCCUCCCUGAGUUUUUUUCCCUGAAGUUUCUUUGUGAGGCAGAGCAAGUACCUGCUGGGGUGGGAGGUGCUGGAGCUGGAGCUUGAGGGCAGCUCAGCAUAAGGCACAAGUUUGGGGGAGGUCCAAAGCAAUACAGCUCUCAUGGGAGUCUUUUAACCUUUUCCUUUGGGAUGGAGAUCUCCAUGCAAAGCCUUGGGAAUCAAAUGUUGCCAAGUAUGCCAAAAGCUGCAGGGAAGCAGUUUCUGAAAUUGGCUCUGAAUAAGUAGCUUUUAAAAGUCUCGCUUGAGAUGUGCUCGUUUCCAACACUUGCUGCUGAAGAAACUGGAAAGAUCCAUACCAUGCUAAAUGUGGAAACCUAUCCAAGCCAAUUUCAUUUUGCUUACCAAAACUUGUAAAUCUGCCCUUCUGAACGGUAAAACAAAAGUCUUGCAGUGUUCUGCAAAAAUGCUGUAGUCUGAUCCCAGAAUCUACUCUUUGGUUGUACACAGCUCUGCCCUGCUAUAUAAGAGCUGUUCGUGAGAUGUGUGUGUGGAUCUGUUUUCUCAUUCAGCUUGUGUUUCUGUGUGCUUUUUCCCUUAUAGGUGUGUGCAUUAUACACGUGUAAAGCCUCACACCAGGCUUGGUGGGUUCAGUGUUUAAAUUGUGUUAAGAAGAAAGUGCUCUUGGAGUUGAGCUUUUUUGUGUGGUUUGGUUUUGUUUUAUUUAAAAUCCCCCAAAUUUGUGUUCUCUUGAAAGAGAUGGCUUUGGGCCAUGAAUUCUUCUACAGGAAUAUGCAUUCUCCUAUGUUCAGGCUGCUGCCUCCGAUAGAUGAUGACCAAAAGUUGCCGUUUCUGACAGCUGCUCUGUGACCAGUGCAGAUUGCUUUGGAAUACUCCUGAGGUGGGUUGCAGUGCCCCUGGUGUUAUCUGCACCUCUGCAUCCCUCCAAGAGACUGCAUUUUUAUCCCUGUAAUGUAUGGAAGCACUGCGGGCAGCAGGCAGCCAGCCUUGCCCUGUGUCUGCUCUGCCCAGAGAGGGAAUCCGUCCCUCUGGCUGCUUCCCAAGCGCCUCCUCACCAGUGCUAACCAUGCUUUGGGGAUAUCUCCUGCGUGGUUGAGGAGAUGCUGUGGCUCGCUACCUGCACAGACGUAACUGUGAAGGAAUCUUACGCUCUUCUGUGCCUGUUUCUUUGAUUCAGCAUUAAUCGUGUCUUGGGGAAGGAGGUGGGCGAAAACGCCCUUCCCUUGCCCUCUUUUGAUCACUGUGUAAUACUUUUUCUACACAAACUGUGUAUAGUAAGGUGGGUUUUGCCAAGGUUUUCUAAUUAAUAGACACUAACCAGCAUUUCUCUCUGUCUUUUUAUUUUUUCUUUGCACAUGUGACUUUAACUGCAAUGGUACCUGGUCUUUCUGUUCUUUUCUAAUCGUGAACUUAAGUAAGCAAAUUUCUGGUGUCUGUGACAUUAAUGCACUGUGGGUCUAGCCUAGUAAAUUGUUCUGUUCCAAGCUGGGUUCUCUUAAGUUAUAUCUGGAUGGGGUUUUGUUGUUUUUAAACUGAAACAUAAAACCGUUUUACACUUUGCAUAUUUUGUACAGUAAAAUUCUGGAAAUAAACUGAAAC